CCGUCAAUUUACUCUCUCCUCUCUCUUGUAUUGUACCCGAAGCUCAGUGUCUCUGCCGCUCUCUUCCUCUUUUCCCUCUUGUUUCCUCUCCAGCAGCUGCAAACUGAUUGAGAGAAAGCCAUGGCGGGAGGUGGAGCUCCAGCACCCAAAGCCGAUGAACCUCAACCACACCCUCCAAAGGACCAGCUCCCCAACAUUUCGUAUUGCAUCACCAGUCCUCCUCCUUGGCCUGAAGCUAUCCUCCUUGGUUUCCAACAUUACCUUGUGAUGCUCGGCACUACAGUCCUCAUACCGACUUCCUUUGUUCCCCAGAUGGGAGGUGGAAAUGAAGAGAAGGCAAAGGUGGUCCAGACUAUACUCUUUGUUUCUGGGAUUAACACGUUGCUCCAAACACUGUUCGGGACGAGACUACCUGCUGUAAUUGGAGCAUCCUACACAUUUGUUCCAACAACCAUAUCUAUUAUCCUCUCGGGUCGAUUCAGUGAUACCUCAAACCCUGUAGAUCGAUUUGAAAGGAUAAUGCGGGCAACCCAAGGUGCCCUGAUUGUUGCUUCAACCCUACAGAUGAUUCUCGGUUUCAGUGGCCUUUGGCGUAAUGUUGUCAGGUUCUUAAGUCCUCUCUCAGCUGUUCCAUUGGUGGGUCUAGUAGGUUUCGGGCUAUACGAGUUUGGAUUCCCCGGGGUUGCGAAAUGUGUUGAGAUUGGGCUGCCUGAGCUUCUUAUUCUAGUAUUUGUUUCACAGUACCUACCUCAUGUGAUCAAAUCAGGGAAAAAUGUAUUUGAUCGGUUUGCUGUGUUAUUUUCUGUGGUGAUUGUAUGGAUUUAUGCUCACCUUCUCACUGUUGGUGGGGCCUACAACGGUGCUGCUCCAAGGACACAAGCAAGCUGCCGCACAGAUCGUUCUGGCCUCAUAGGUGCUGCACCUUGGAUAAGAGUUCCAUGGCCUUUCCAAUGGGGUGCCCCUUCGUUUGAUGCUGGAGAAGCUUUUGCAAUGAUGAUGGCUUCUUUCGUUGCUCUUGUGGAGUCGACUGGUGCUUUUAUUGCUGUAUCGAGAUAUGCAAGUGCCACCAUGUUGCCACCUUCUAUUCUCAGCCGUGGUGUUGGCUGGCAGGGAGUUGCUAUUCUGAUAUCAGGGUUGUUUGGUACCGGAGCUGGCUCCUCCGUAUCUGUAGAGAACGCCGGUCUUUUGGCCCUGACCCGAGUUGGUAGUCGGAGGGUUGUCCAGAUAGCUGCUGGUUUCAUGAUUUUCUUCUCUAUUCUUGGGAAGUUCGGAGCUGUAUUUGCUUCAAUUCCCGGACCCAUCAUUGCUGCUCUAUACUGUCUCUUCUUUGCAUACGUAGGAGCUGGAGGUGUGAGUUUUCUUCAGUUCUGCAACCUUAACAGUUUCAGAACCAAAUUCAUAUUGGGCUUCUCCAUCUUCCUCGGCUUGUCUAUUCCGCAAUACUUCAACGAGUACACUGCCAUCAACGGUUAUGGUCCUGUCCAUACGGGAGCUCGUUGGUUCGACGACAUGGUGAACGUCCCGUUCUCGUCGGAACCCUUUGUUGCGGGUUGUGUUGCGUUCUUUUUGGACAGCACGUUGCAUAAGAAAGACGGGUCGGUAAGGAAGGACAGAGGAAAGCACUGGUGGGACAAGUUCAGGUCGUUUAAAGGCGACACCAGAAGCGAAGAAUUCUACUCUCUUCCCUUCAAUCUCAACAAGUAUUUCCCAUCUGUCUAGAGAGUGAGAAAGAGAAUCACAGCCAAGGAGAAGAAGAAGAAGAAGACAGAACAUCAGUUAUGGGAGCGAUCUGUUCUUGUUCUUGGUUCUCUGUUUUGCAAUAACUGUCUGGAAAUGGUCUCAUGUUCUUAUAGGUGCUUAUUAUUGUUCUUAUAGGAAAAAAAAUGAUUCCAAGAGCAUUUAUUUUACUAUUUUCCAAAUGAUGCUAAUGUUUUUA